AACGAGCUUGUGGACAAACCUCGGUGAUGACAGGCGACGAGCAUUAUAAAAGUCCACAACUUCCGCCCAAAGUCUCAGCCAGCCAUACCCCAAUACCCCAAUAAUUGCAACCCUAUACCGUUCCCAUAAGUAAAGCGUAAUAAGCAGCAAUGUCGAACCAACAAGGCGCAACCAUCACAGUCCACUGGCUGAACAAAUCGCGCGGCCAGCGCAUCGUAUGGCUGCUCGAGGAACUGAAUCUCGAAUACAACAUCAAGGUCUACAAGCGCAAUGCCAACAGGCGUGCAGGUCCUGACCUAAAGGCUGUCCACCCUUUGGGAAAAUCUCCAGUUGUUACCAUUAGACCAGCAAAUUCGGAAAAGGAUAUCGUCAUUGCAGAGAGUGAGACUAUUAUGGAGUAUAUUUGCGACCAUUUUGGAAAGCAGUUGGUUCCUGCGAGGUACCCCGAGGGCCAGGAGGGCGUGCUUGGCGCAGAAACGGAAGAGUGGAUGAGGUACAAGUUUCUCAUGGAUUUUACUGAAGGCAGUCUGUUUACAGUUCUGAUUGCUGCUAUCAUCAGUGGCAGUAUCAAGAAUGCUCCCGUUCCCUUCUUCCUCAAGCCCAUCACUGGGGGCGUCGCCGCCAAAGUCGACGGCUCUUUUGUCGACCCAGAGUUGAAGACGCACUUUGAUUUCUUGGAAGAUUAUCUUAUCAAGUCUCCCUCGAAGGGAGAAUUCUUCUGCGGUUCCAGCAUUACCGCAGCGGAUAUUAUGAUCCACUUUGCGCUUGAGGGAGCCUGCCAGCGCGUGCCUUUGAGUGACACAAACUACCCCACUCUGUACAAGUACAUGAGGAGGCUACAGCAAACGGAUUCGUACAAGAGAGCGGCCAAGAAGGUCGAAGAUGCGAGCCAGGAGAAGUAUGUGCCGUUCAGUGAUGCCAAGUUUUAGUAGAGUUGAAGCCGUAUGGGAAGAAUGGCGGGAUGAGAUGAGAAUAGGGUGCCGGCUACUGUCUGAUAGGCAGAUGCGUCGUUUCUUCUAUAGUCACCUGCCGUACAUAUAAUGAUCUACGCCGCGGCGUGAUUACGUCCGCUACGGAUGGUAGAUACUACAUGGUCA